AUGGAAAUUUACGUGAGGCUCAACGACGACCUGGAGAGGGACUAUGCGUUCCAGAUCGAGAAGGACGACACGUUCGAGAGCAAGCUGAUGAAGCUGUUUGACCGCAAAGAGGGACUCGCGCGGUACAUGGUACUGCGGCCCUCGGUUUUCUACAAGGACGUGCCACGGGGGCUGUGCAAGUCGACGCAUCCGGGGUUUCUGACGGAGCAGGGCUGUCUGCUGUUCGACUACAACGCGAACAAGGAGCAGCAUCUGCAGCCUCUGGAGCUGCGGGAGAAGAAGGUGUGGGAGCAGAUGUGGCCGGGGCAGCUGGUGGUGCCGCAGUACGAGAAGUCGUGGGCGACCAUUCUGGGUUUUGCGGCGCUGAUGCUGGCGUGGCUGUACACGGACCUGCCGGACGUGGUGUCGCCGACGCCGGGUAUCUGCUUCACGAACCAGCUGUCGCGGAUGUUCAUGUACCUUGCGCAGACGCACGGGUACCCGCAUGUGGCUGCGAAGCUGGCCGAGGAAAUCCAGGUGAACUCGACGGGCCUGUUGGCGCAGUGGCUGUUCUUCACGCUGCACGUGGUGAAGGUGGCGCUGAUCGCGCUGUUCUUCUACUCGGGGCUCAUCAACCCCAUCUCGUUGAACCCGGUGAAAGUCUACUCUGCCAGGCAGGCGUUCACUGCGGGAAGCAACAAGGAGCUGGCGGAAGUCUUGCGGUCGUUCGGAUGGAUUGGCGCGAAGCGCGCCACCUACGACGACUACAGGGACACCUACUACCAGGCGGCCAUUGACAAGGCAGGGGGGACAGUGGCGGCGUACAAGAGUGGUAUUUUGAAGAAGGCGUCUGACCCUGGCGUGGCCUUGUCUGCGGGCGAGGGGUUCCAGACCCCGCUCGAGAACCGCUUCAGGGAGAAUACCUUCAAGACUAUGGAAGAACGCCGGAAGUUUGUCUUGUCAGAAGACUAUUUUGUACAACUGGAGAAGGAUCUCAAAAAUAACAUUGAGAAGUGCAACGGCGACGUCGCGAAGGUCAAUGCCGAAAUUCGGCGCUUCAGGAAGUUUGGCUUCUUCGAUGCUGGAGAGGAAUUGCAGCGUCUCGUCCAGUUGAGAAAGGAGGUCGUUCCAUCCCGCGAAUCCAACGAGGACAAAAAAGAGAAGAAGACCAUUUGA